AUGAACAUGAGGCACAUGGAAGGGAAGUCGCAAUUAGCACAUCUACGGUGUUCCAAUAUACCAAAAAACAUUAGGAGCUGCAGUCUCGGCGACAUGGACCUCUCUGAACCUGUUUCAAUCCUGCGUCGGGGCAGAAGGAAGACGAGACUGCAGGCAUCUAUGGGACUACAGCUGAGAGACAUCCAGGUGUUGUUUCUGGUACUGAUGGUUGUGAUUGAACCGUUUCUUUGCUGUGCUGCUGCUGCGGCUGGUGGCAUGGUCCCCCGAACGAGAAUGACCACACCUGCAGCCGACGACGAUUCCUUGGUGACACUCACGAACUGCUUUCCCAGCGUUAUACUCAUUGGUUCCGGCAUCCCAUACACCUGCGAAGUUGGCGACGCCCAAACGCUGAUUGAUUUGGAGCUCUUCGCUUCGUACUACACCUCAGUUCUUAAUCCUGGAUGGCCGGCGACUUUUGAUGCGGGAACCAAUACCAUUACAUUCGUGCCUAUUUUUGGGGCACCCUCAGGACGUUGGGAAUUGGUCAUCACGCGGCCUUCUGGGGAUGAGGACUUUGACGUUCCUCUGACGACCAAUAAGAGCAUGGACUUCAUGCGCAUCGGUGCGA